CUGACUACACAAGACUGCCUUCCCCAUAUUUCCAUAGCCAGCGACAUGACUUUUUUUUUUGAUGACCAGUCUCAGGGCCCUUGGGUGACUGGCUGGUUGCACCAUGGAACUUAAAGUAUGGGUGGAUGGAGUUCAGAGGAUUGUUUGUGGGGUCACCGAAGUUACAACUUUUUUUUUUUUUGUUAUAGCCUUAGCUCAAGCGAUAGGUCGAACCGGAAGGUACACUCUUAUAGAAAAAUGGAGAGAUACUGAAAGACACUUAGCACCUCAUGAAAAUCCUAUCAUAUCCUUAAACAAAUGGGGGCAGUAUGCUAGUGAUGUACAGCUAAUUUUACGUCGAACGGGGCCAUCUCUUAGUGAGCGACCCACUUCAGACAGUGUGGCUCGAAUUCCGGAGAGGACUUUAUAUAGGCAGAGUUUGCCCCCCCUGGCUAAACUGAGGCCUCAGAUUGACAAAUCAAUCAAAAGGAGAGAACCUAAAAGGAAAUCAUUAACAUUUACAGGAGGUGCCAAAGGAUUAAUGGACAUUUUUGGAAAGGGUAAAGAGACUGAAUUUAAGCAAAAGGUGCUGAAUAACUGCAAAACAACAGCAGAUGAAUUAAAGAAGCUGAUCCGUUUGCAGACAGAGAAGCUUCAAUCCAUUGAGAAAGAGCUAGAAUCAAAUGAAAUAGAAAUACAAUUUUGGGAGCAAAAAUAUAAUUCUAACCUUGAAGAGGAAAUUGUCCGCCUGGAGCAAAAGAUCAAAAGAAAUGAUGUCGAAAUUGAAGAGGAAGAAUUUUGGGAAAAUGAGUUGCAGAUUGAACAGGAAAAUGAAAAACAGCUGAAGGAUCAACUUCAAGAAAUAAGACAGAAAAUAACAGAAUGCGAGAGCAAAUUAAAAGACUAUUUGGCUCAGAUUCAGACUAUGGAAAGCGGUCUUGAAGCAGAAAAAUUACAACGGGAAGUUCAGGAGGCACAAGUCAAUGAAGAAGAGGUUAAAGGAAAGAUUGGUAAGGUCAAAGGAGAAAUUGACAUUCAAGGCCAACAGAGUGUGAGGCUGGAAAAUGGCAUUAAAGCUGUAGAAAGAUCUCUCGGACAAGCCACCAAACGAUUACAGGACAAAGAACAAGAACUGGAGCAGUUAACUAAAGAGCUGCGGCAAGUCAAUCUCCAGCAGUUUAUCCAACAGACAGGGACAAAAGUUACCGUUUUGCCAGCAGAGCCCAUUGAAGUAGAGGCCUCACACGCAGACCUAGAAAGGGAGGCACCAUUCCAGUCCGGGUCCCUGAAGCGGCCUGGUUCAUCUCGGCAGCUCCCCAGUAAUCUUCGUAUUCUACAGAAUCCUAUCUCAUCUGGUUUUAAUCCUGAAGGCAUCUAUGUAUAACAUUAUCUGUCUUUAGGGGAGAGACCCAAUAAAGGUACCAAGGACAGUAAAAAUUCCUUCUUUGAUUUGUGCCAAUGAUGAACAGAGGAUCUAUUUCACAAGCCACCGUCUCUUUUUUCUGUCCUAAAUUGCAUACCACUUGGAGCCAUACCCUGUGCACUGAUGCUAAAGAACAAAGAAACUGUGUUUUCACACAUCGACAGUGUUGACAUGUUUGUCCAGCAGCUGUAAUGCAAAGCCUUCAUUUUUUAUUUGUAGCAUUUUGAGAGCGUUAGGAAAGUAUUAUACUGUGUGUAUACGUAAAUAAAACCAUGACUUAAGAGCAAAGAGAAA